UUUUGGUUCUCAGCUCCAUGUCUAAUAUUAGAUCUUUCCCAGACAUACACUUCAUGACGGAAAGCCAGUGACAAACAUAAUGAGGAUAAUGAGUCUUUAAGCAAAUGGGAAUUCUUUCAACGUUGAGCAUCUAAAUACACAAGUGAGAAGAAUUUUAAAAAUAUGUUAAGGGCCACAGUAGAAGGUGACCAUUUGAAUGGAUGAGAGCGGACAGCGUUUUUUCCCCCCACCAAAGUCAAAGUCCGGACAUACAGGUUAUAAGAGAGGCCGAGCGUGCGGAGGGUCAUCAUGACAGGCGUGACUGUGUGUUUUGGGGCGGUGAACUCUAUCAAAGCUUUAUGGGAAACCAGGAUAAAGAAGAACAAGGAGGAGCUGAAGAGAGAUAAAGAGCAGAGGGAGAGAGCGACUGUCGGAAGGUUGACAGGGACAUGGGAGGAUCGGAUCACCUUGGCCAAAUUAAAGGAAAAAAUUGUGACCGAGGAUGGGAGGAUCAUUCUACGCAUUGAAAAUGAAGAGUGGAAGACUCUUCCUGCAGCGCUGGUACAGCUUUCUCAGAUUCAGGAAUGGCAGCUUCACCGAACAGGGCUUCAGAAGAUCCCACGCUUCAUCUCUAGCUUUCAGAGCCUUAUCGUUCUCGACCUGUCCCGCAACGCAAUCACAGAAAUUCCUAAAGAAAUUGGUAAGUUAACCCGGUUACGAGAGCUGCUUGUGAGUUACAACAGACUGAACUGUAUACCUGAGGAGUUAUGCAGCUGUGAAUGUUUGGAGCGACUAGAACUGGCAAUGAACCGGGAUCUGGAUGAGCUUCCACAACAGUUCAGCAAUCUGAAGAAACUCCACCACUUGGACCUCUCAAUGAAUCAAUUCAGCACAAUCCCUGAGUGUGUAGUGAAUCUUCCUGCUCUCGAGUGGUUGGACAUGGGUGGGAACAAGUUGGAGAGCCUACCAGAUAACAUCCACAGAAUGGAGAAGCUGCACACACUGUGGCUCCAGAGAAAUUAUCUGGAGUAUCUGCCGGACAACAUCAGCCGUAUGCACAAUCUGGACACGCUGGUGCUCAGCAAGAACAAGCUGAGAGACAUUCCUUCACUGAUGGAGGGCAUGACAAACCUUAGGUUUGUAAAUUUCAGAGACAACCCUCUGACGUAUGACGUGACUCUCCCUGACCUAAAAGAGGAGGUAGCAGAGGAGGAGAAUGACAGAGAGAUGUUCGGCAAAGAGUUCAUGCACCAUUACAUCCAUGAAGCCCGCAGAAGAGGAUCCCAGACUUAUACAUCAGUGCUAAAUGUGAAGCUGGAGGGUUUGAUAGAGGAAUUGGCAUGA